AUUCUUGUAUCUCUUAGCGUGUCUAUUACAUCUCGCUGGAGUUCUACAUGGGUCGUACCUUACAGAACACCAUGGUGAACCUGGCACUGGAGAACGCUUGUGAUGAAGCCACCUAUCAGUUGGGUUUGGACAUGGAGGAGCUGCAGGAGAUGGAGGAAGAUGCUGGACUGGGAAAUGGAGGUCUUGGUCGUCUUGCUGCUUGCUUUCUGGACUCUAUGGCCUCCCUUGGACUGGCUGCCUACGGUUAUGGCAUCCGCUAUGAGUUUGGAAUCUUCAACCAGAAAAUAUCCAAUGGCUGGCAGGUUGAGGAGGCUGAUGACUGGCUCCGCUAUGGUAACCCAUGGGAGAAAGCUCGACCAGAAUAUAUGCGCCCUGUGCACUUUUAUGGUAGAACCGAGCAUCACCCAGAUGGAGUGAAAUGGGUGGAUACCCAGGUUGUGCUGGCUUUACCCUAUGACACCCCCGUACCUGGAUACAGAAACAACAUUGUAAACACCAUGAGGCUGUGGUCUGCCAAGGCUCCUUGCGAGUUCAACCUAAAAGACUUCAAUGUUGGUGGCUACAUUCAGGCCGUUCUGGACAGGAACCUGGCAGAAAACAUCUCUCGUGUGCUUAUCCCAACGACAACGUCAAGACACAAAGUUUUUGAAGGUAAAGAGCUCCGACUGAAACAAGAGUACUUUGUAGUGGCUGCGACUCUCCAAGACAUCAUUCGUCGCUUCAAGGCCUCCAAGUUCGGCUCCAGGGAUAUAGUGCGCACAGACUUCAGCACUCUACCCGACAAGGUGGCCAUUCAGCUGAACGACACUCACCCUGCCUUAGCCAUCCCCGAGCUGAUGAGAGUCCUGGUUGAUGAAGAGAAACUACAUUGGGAGAAGGCAUGGGACAUCUGUGUUAGGACCUGCGCCUACACCAACCACACUGUGCUGCCUGAGGCUCUGGAACGCUGGCCUAUCGACCUCUUCCAGACCCUGCUGCCCCGACACCUCGAGAUCAUCUACGAAAUCAACCGCCGCCACAUGGAGCGUGUGGCCUCUCUUUUCCCCGGUGAUAUGGACCGCUUACGCCGCAUGUCUCUGAUUGAGGAGGGCGGACAAAAGAGGGUCAACAUGGCUCAUCUGUGUAUUGUUGGUGCCCAUGCAGUCAACGGUGUCGCACGAAUCCACUCGGACAUCCUUAAAGCUACAGUAUUCAAAGAUUUCUAUGAGAUGGAUCCACACAAAUUCCAGAACAAAACCAAUGGCAUCACCCCUCGCCGUUGGUUAGUGAUGUGCAACCCUGGUCUGGCUGAGGUCAUCGCAGAGAAAAUCGGAGAGGACUUCAUCCGUGACUUGGAUCAGCUGCAAAAGCUUCGUGAUUUUGUCAACGACGAGGCUUUCAUACGAGACAUCGCCAAAGUUAAACAGGAGAACAAGCUGAAGUUUGCUGUGCACCUGGAGGAGCACUACAAAGUGAAGAUCAACCCCAACUCCAUGUUUGAUAUUCAGGUGAAGAGAAUCCAUGAGUAUAAGAGGCAGCUGCUCAACUGUCUGCACAUCAUCACUUUCUACAAUCGCAUCAAGAAAGAGCCUAACAAGCAAUGGUCUCCAAGAACAAUUAUGAUUGGAGGAAAGGCUGCUCCAGGAUACCACACGGCUAAAAUGAUUAUUCGUCUCAUCACAGCUAUCGGUGAGGUGGUCAACAAUGACCCCGUGGUGGGUGAUCGACUCAAAGUCAUUUUCCUGGAGAACUACAGAGUCACCCUUGCUGAGAAAGCGAUCCCCGCGGCCGACCUGUCCGAGCAGAUCUCCACAGCCGGCACAGAAGCUUCUGGAACAGGCAACAUGAAGUUCAUGCUGAACGGAGCUCUGACCAUCGGCACCAUGGAUGGAGCCAAUGUAGAGAUGGCAGAGGAAGCAGGAGAAGAAAAUUUCUUCAUCUUCGGCAUGAGAGUGGAGGAUGUUGAGGCCAUGGACGCUAAAGGAUACAAUGCAUCCGAGUACUACAACCGUAUUCCAGAGCUGAAGCAGGCCAUCGACCAGAUUGCAGGAGGAUUCUUCAGCCCAAAACAGCCAGACCUCUUCAAGGACAUCAUCAACAUGCUGAUGCACCACGACAGGUUCAAGGUAUUUGCUGACUAUGAAGACUACAUCAAAUGCCAAGAGAAAGUCAGUGCUUUGUAUAAGAAACCUAAAGAAUGGACCAAGAAGGUGAUCCUCAACAUCGCCGGUUCAGGCAAGUUCUCCAGCGACCGCACCAUCUCCCAGUACGCCCGUGAGAUCUGGGGUGUAGAGCCCACUCUGGAGAAGCUUGCUGCACCUGACGACAUUAAAUAAACCCGCACUUGCCCAAUUUCAUGAAUCCUGCUCUUCCCAUUUCGCCUUGUCAUCCUAUGGCAACACCAAUGCAAUCUGUCAAUCUUCAAUCUUCAAUGUUCUGCGUCAUUCACUGUACAAACAAUAAAUAACCUCAACAAACUCAA